GCGAGCAGCCAAUUCCUGUUGAGACGGCCAUAUUGGAAUUUCAACUCUAGUAGCUAGCAGUCUGGUCAUAUUUGGAGGCUGUUAUUUUGUCAUCAAAACAUUGAUCGCCUGUAUUUAUAUCUUUCGGUCUGCAGUCUGGCAUCUAGCCCGAGACCCCCACAUUUUGCAGACGGAGAGCUGUCUCUUGUAUCCCUGGAAAAAUGAGUCCAACCGACGCAAAACGAGGAGCUAAACGCAGGAAGAACAAGCGGGGCGGUGGCAGCAGUAGCUGCACCAGCACUAUCUGCAGUAUCGCUAGUAAUAUUCAGGCCGGGAGCCCAACCACGGCCCGGACUUCUCUAGCAACAGCCCCAGCCGCCCCUGUCACGAGCUUUUUAACACCGGGAGGCACUGGGAACGUUGAUGUUGGGGGAAUCACAGGUCUAAAUGGAGAGGUUCCCAUGAAUGGCACGCCUCAGUUUUCUGUGAAUGCAGACUUCUCAGGAGUCCUUCAGUCACAGACCCCGUUCACCUUCGGCCUGAACCAGAGGGCCCCCUACACCACUGGCGACCGCUGCCUGUUGUGCCGGAGUGAACGGAAGGACAGCGCCCUCCUGGAGGCCGGAGUGGUGGGGCAGAACGGGACCUCGCAGUCCCUCAAAACGCCCAGUGCCCUGCAGCUGCCCCUGUGGGUGUGCCCAGACUGCAGACGCACGGUGGAGAAGGAGGAACGCCACGCUGCCAUGGAACAGUCGUUGGUGAACCAGGACUUCCUCUUGCAGAUGCCGGUGGGUAAUGGCGGGCUCGCCCAGGAGCCUGUAGGGGCGGGGAGCCGACUGACGGGGACGGGCGGCGCUCCCACUCUCCCCGCCCCAGACCUUAGCGCCCCUCUCACAACAGACACCGUGUGCAGCUGUGAGGCCUGCAACGAGAGGAGAGAGAUCACUGCAGAGUCAGAGCGUGAGUCCCAGCAGCUCCAGAAUCACUGGUCAGAGGUGCGGUACCUGGUCCGGUGUAUCUAUCGCCAGACCGGCACACCGCUGGCCGACGAACAAGACCAGCCAUUGGACCGAGACAAAGAUAGCAUGAAGGAGCUGGUAGACCGGCUGUGUGAGAAGGACCCGUACCAGCUGUACCAGCGUCUGGAGCAGCAGGCACGCGAGUACGUGCUGGAGAUGAAGGUGCGGCUCCUCAAGCACUUGUCCACCGGCUCCAAGGCGGCGGCAGCGGCCGUGGCGGUCCAGGGCCCCCCGCAGGCCCACCAGUUCAUCUCGCUGCUGCUGGAGGAGUACAGCGCCCUCUGCCAGGCGGCCCGCACCAUCAGCGGCUUCCUGCUCACGCUGGAGAACGAGCACUUACAGAAGUUCCAGGUGACGUGGGAGCUGCACAACAAGCACCUUUUCGAGAACCUGGUGUUCUGUGAGCCCAUCCUGCACAACAGUUUACCUGCCCUGGUCGCACAGCUCAGGCAGGGCACAACCUCACACGACUCCUACAGUGAGGACAUGUACCGUAAGUUACUGGAGAGCUACCAGCAGCUGGACCAGGAGAUGAACUUGGUGGCUGUGGAGUGGCUUGAGUGCGAGAAGAGAAUCGACAACUAUGUCGACGAGCAGUUACUUUCAAAGGUCGAAGGGCAGAAUGGUACAAAUCAACGGACAGAACCACACAAGUCGUUAAUUAGCAAAAAUAUGUCCUUAAAAACAAAGCAGCGCAUGCUGAAGGAAGACUGGGAGUUCUUCAAACAGAAAAAGUUCAUUGAGGAGCAGGUAGCAAACAGUAAGAAGUCUUUUGCGGGAGACACUAAUUUCACAGACACAGUGAAGCAGAUGCUGUCUUCCAGACUGAGUUUACCAGACUGUCCAAACUGUAAUUACCGCAGACGGUGCACCUGUGACGACUGCAGCCUCUCUCACAUCCUGACGUGCGGCAUCAUGGACGCCCCCAUGGCAGAGGAACUGCACUUGAAGCUGCCCUUGCAGGCGGAGCCCCCUAGGGACUACCUGUCGCAGGUGCACCCCCCCAGCAUGUCGUCCGGUAGCUCUGGCUCCGGUUCAGCCUCCAGCUCCCCCAUCACCAUCCAGCAGCACCCGCACUUGCUACUUCCUCAGGACGCUCAUGCCACCUUUGGCAGUGAUGAUGAUGAAGUGCCUCCGCUGUCGGCAAAGUUUGCAGACAUCUACUCGAUGAGCCCCUACAGCGACCCCGCGGUGGUGGCAGUCAUGAACGGCAUUCACAGCGACCUCAACGGAGCAGGGGAGAACAUGGCGCUCAAGGAAGAGUCUCCGCGGGGGAGUAGCAGCAGCAGCAGUAGCUCCUCUGAGGGUGAUGAGGAGGAGGCUGAGGGGGAGAGCGCAGGGGAGCCUCCAGGGCAGCAGGGGGAGCACUCUCCACGGAAGAGCGACAGCCCGCCUCCAUCCUAUCCACACACACAGGUGGAACAGGUACAGCACCCCUGUGAGUGUCACGUGUGCAACCAGGGCAACAUGGACUCUGCCAGUCUGUUGCCUGGCAACAACAGGCUACAUGCCAAUCAGCAGCAGCAGUUCUUCACAGAGAAAACAGCCCCCCACCCCGGCCUCCACCUCUACCCCCACAUCCAUGGCCACCUGCCCUUACACAAUCUGCCCCAUCUGCCCCGGCCGCUGCUGCACCCCACCCUCUACCCCAGUCCUCCACUCACACACAGCAAGACUUUGCCUCCUGCCUCUUCGUCAAACCACACAGGAGGGAAGCAGCAGGUGUUCAGCCCCACCCUGCCCGACCACAUCUACCCCAACUGCUUCAGCGGGGCCGGCGACUGGAACGGCUCCCUGGCCUGCCACUCGCUCAAGUUCGAAAACCUGUGGGACACCCACAUGAUGAAGAACUGGAACUCUCCUGUGUUGCUUCCUGAGCCGCUCUCCGGUGAAAUGCUGGCUCCCCCCCUGCCUGACGUCCCCCUUCCAUCGCCGGGCAACGAGCCCACCUCAAUGUCUGCCCCCACCCCCGCUUUCAUCCCUGAGGGCAAGGAGAAGAAGAACGGAGCGAAGAAGAAGUGUCUCUACAAUUUCCAAGAUGCCUUCCUGGAGGCCAAGCAAGUGCCGAUGGCCACCUCCUCGGCCACCUCCUCAGUCUCCUGCACCGCCACCACUGUCCAGUCAAGUAAUAAUUUCCUCGAAGUUGCAUCUAAGAGACCCACCUCCCUAGGUGAGGUUUUUCACAAUAUAGGUAAGGAGGACCACAGACACCCCACCCCACUCGCACCACGGAACAGCCCCACGGGGUUGCCCCCCCUCCACAGUGCUUCCCUCCCUCCGGCCCCCACCACGCACCUGCCCAGCAUGGGCUCACAGCACUUUCCAAAGACUGUAUCUCCAUCGUCAGGCUUCAUGGAGGCCCACCAUGGCCUGUGCCGGUCUGCAGCGGAGCCCCCCUCAGUCCCCGGCGACGGUCCCAUCAGCGCUCCCCCAAGCAUCUGCAGUGACCCGGACUGUGAGGGGCAUCGCUGCGAGGGCAACGGCGGGUACGAUCACCCGCCCUACGACGGUGAGGAGAGCCAGGACGAGGACAGCUGCUCGGAACACAGCUCUUCCACCUCCACAUCAACCAAUCAGAAGGAAGGAAAGUACUGUGACUGCUGCUACUGUGAAUUCUUCGGUCAUGGAGGGCCCCCGGCGGCGCCCACCAGUAGGAACUAUGCAGAAAUGCGGGAAAAGCUGCGCCUGCGGCUCACCAAGCGCAAGGAGGAGCAGCAGCCCAAAAAGGAGGAGUUAGUGCUGGAGCGGGACGUGGUGGCGGACCACCGUAAAGUGGAGGACCUUCUGCAGUUCAUCAACAGUGCCGACAACAAGCCGGCCAGCAGCUCCAAGGCGGCUAAGCGCGCGCGACACAAGCAGAAAAAGCUGGAGGAGAAGGCUCGUCUGGAGGCUGAGGCCCAGGAGCGCGAGGAGGAGCAGCAGCAGCUCCUGCUGGAGCAGCAGCGGCGUGAGGAGGAGGAGGAGCAGCAGCGACGUGAAGAGGAGGCGCUGAAGCAGGAGCUGCUGCGCCUCCAAGAGCUACAGCAGCAGCAACAGCAGCAUCAGCGUGCCACCAAGAAGAAGAAGAAAGACAAGAAGGCUGCCGAGACCGCCGCCGCUGCCACUACGACCCCCGCGCCUCUCCCACCCCCGCUCCAGAACAACCCGCAGCCCCUCAAGCAGACGGCACAGAGUGUCUUGGAGAAGAACAUGAAGAACGGCAAAACAGCGCUGUUGCACGGCAUCAUUGGCCUGAGCCACAAGGACUUCCGGCCUGACCCCCUCGCAAGCGCUUCCCCCAACGUCAGGCUGCCCGGCCAGCACAGCCCCAAAAGCGAGAAGGACAAGACGGCCGAGCAUCACCACAACGGUCUUGCCGCGGUCAUCAUGGCAACCUCGACAGCAACGACAACAGCAACAGCUGUCAGCACCUUCCCUCAUCCUGAGCCCCCCAGCAACAAGUCCAGAGCCAAAUCGCAGUCCAGCAACAGCAGGCCCCUUGGCGAAACCACGAAGAGGCCAGCCGAGGUGUUGAAAACUUCGGAGGUAGCUUCCAAGGUAGAGGACUGCACGCUCACGCAAGCGGACUCCAAAACAAAGCCCCGCGCCAGUGAAGAGUUUGCCACCGAGGUUCGGAGGGAGGAGAGGAGCGAUGGGACGCCCGGGAAGAAGCAGACAAUCUCGGGAAAGGAGGAUAGGACCUCGCCUGUGUCUGUGCAAUCGUCAGAGCCUCCUAUGCAGAAUGGCAAACCACCUGCCAGCGAGUCCCCUCAACCCAAGGGCAAGAACAAGAAGAACAAAAAGAAGAAGAUGGAGAAGGUUACCAACUCCAUAGAUGACGUGUUUCUGCCCAAAGAUAUCGAUCUUGAGAGUGUAGACUUGGACGAGACCGAACGGGAAGUGGAAUAUUUCAAAAGGUUCUGCUUGGACUCUGCUAGACAGACGAGGCAACGACUAUCCAUUAACUGGUCCAACUUUAGCUUGAAAAAGGCCACCUUCGCUGCACACUGAGGGGGGACAACACUUGAAGAGACUUAAGCAGGAACUCAAUCAGUUUCCCCUCCUCCACCACGCUCCAGGCUGACUGCUGACCCCACUGCUGCUACGCUCCAACCACCCGCUCCUUUGAACUACAUAUCCCACGCUGCCUUGCCUUGUCCUUGUUGCUGUGUGGUUCCUACUAAGAACCCAUAUGGGCUGAUGUUCUCGCAGUACUUUGGGGAGGGGAAAAGACAACAAAAUCGACUACUCUCAACCUGAUUUUUUUUUUUCUUUUUUUUUUUUUCUCCAUUUUUUUUCUUGCUUGUGUGCUUUUAGUCUGUGAGUGGGGUAUUUCACAUUGACUGAAGCCAUGUUCUAUGUUUUCUUUUGGCUUUACCAAGUUGUCCAAAAUGCUUAAUAUAUGUUUGGAAAAGGCCUCCUUAAAAGAAGACAGCAAACCAACUACACAACAAAUACAUAUGAUUAAAAAAGCCUUUUGUUCACUAUUGCUGUGGCUUCUAUCGCACUUGCACCCAGAACCGCAGUUCAAGAAAAUGGCUGACAAGGGAUUGGGCCUUUUCAGGUUCCCCACUGUCCUAUUUACCCAGUCUCACUAUGUACAAAGAAAGGCUAAUACUUGAUAAAGGUUCUCAUCGGUUCUCAGUUCCACGUAACAGCCAUUAAGGAAAGUGUCCAAGUUAUUUUAUUUUUUUUAUCUUUUUUUUUUUCUUUUCUUUCUUUUGACUUGUAGCCAGCUUGUAUUGAACUUUCAGAAUCAAAUUGAUGAAAAAAACAAUACUCACACUAUCAAUCUGUUAUAGAGUGUCUAUUGUAUUAACACUGAGGCCAGACUGCCUACUUUUUAACAUAUUGUUAAGUAAUAUUAAAAUCUUGUCUUUCUUUUUUGAAAGAUGGAAUACAGUAGAA